AUGUCCGUCUUUCGCGCAAACUCACGCGCCCUGAUCACAGGCGGCGCAUCCGGUAUUGGCUAUGCGGUCGCCGAACUAUGCCUGAAAGCGUCCAUGAAAGUCACUGUCGUCGACUUCAACCAGGAAACCCUCGACUACGCAAAGAAAAGUCUCAAAGGCGAUAUCGAGUGCGUGAAGUCAGAUGUCAGCGACCUCGAUGCAUGGAAAAGCCUGAAGGAGAAGGUUGGCGAUGUGGAUUUCCUGAUGCUGAACGCUGGACGCAUGGAUAGGGGAAGCUGGGGCGAGAGCGAUUAUUUCAACCGGAUCCUCAAUACCAACCUCUACGGCGUGGUCAACGGCUUGAACACCUACGUUUCCUCUUUCCAGUCCCGCUCUUCCAGCACACCCAGCGCAAUUGUCAUCACAGGCAGUAAGCAGGGCAUCACGAAUCCGCCCGGUAACGCAGCGUAUAACGCAAGCAAGGCUGCUGUUAAGGCACUAGCUGAGCACCUCUCCUUUGACUUGAAAGACACGAACACCAACGUGCACCUACUUGUCCCAGGUUGGACUUACACCAGCCUAACCGGCAAACCGCCUGGCCAAGAAUCCAAGAAACCCAACGGCGCGUGGUCGCCCGAUCAAGUGACAGAUUUCAUGGUGAAGAAGAUGGAGCAGAACAAAUUCUAUAUCAUCUGCCCAGACAACGACGUCAGCGAGGAGACGGACAAGAAGAGAAUGCUCUGGACCAUGGGCGAUAUUGUGAAUGGAAGACCGCCGCUGACGAGGUGGAGGCCGGAAUUCAAGGAGGAGGCGGAGGAUUGGAUGGCGAAACAAAAGAUUUAA